AUGCAUGAGACCCAAAUCAUUCAACUAGCCAUCACCUCGAAAAAGCAUGCUACCCUUUCUUCUAUACCUUCACAAGGACUUGAUCCUAAGGAACCGGCUUGUUCUAUCACCACUAGGAGUGGUAGGGUCCUUGAGAGUGAGGUUUCUAAGAAGAGUGAUGCGAAAGAGAGUCCAAUUGAGAAUGAGGGAGAUGAGAGCCCUUUGGUUGAGGAAGUUGCUAAGGAACAAGUUGAGAAGGUGAAAGAGAAAGAAAAAGAAGUCUACAAACCCAAACUUCCUUACCCCAAAAAAUUCAAUAGGCACAAAUUGGAUGAACAAUUUGGGCAAUUCAUUGAGAUGCUUAAGAAAAUUCAUCUUUCUAUUCCUUUCACCGAAGUCUUGAAACAAAUGCCUAACUAUUCUAAAUUUCUUGAGGAAAUCUUGAGCUGUAAGAGAGAUUGCAACAUGGUGGAAUCGAUGAGUUUGGGGGAGUGUUGUAGUGCCUUUAUCCAUAAUGACUUUCCCCCAAAGAUGAAAGAUCCCGGAAAUUUCUCCAUCCCUUGCAAUAUUAAAGGGAAAUUAUUCCAAAAUGCCCUUUGUGAUCUUGGUGCUAGCAUCAUUCCCUAUUCCGUUUGCAAGAGACUUACGAUAGGUGAGCUCCUUCCAACCAACAUGACCCUUCAAUUGGCUGACCAUUCUAUUAAGUUUCCUAAAGGUAGAGUUGAGGAUGUUCCCCUCAGGAUAGGAGAAUUCACUAUCCCCGUUGAUUUCACUGUGUUAGAGAUUGCAGAAGAUGACCACAUUCCUAUCAUUUUAGGAAGACCCUUUUUAGCUACUUCAGGAGCUUUGAUAGAUGUUAAGGGAGGUCGUAUUACUUUGAGAGUUGGUAAUAAUGAGGAAAGUUGUGAGUUAAAACUGAUGCAUGAGUCUUUGUCCCUUGUGAAAGGAAUCAUGUGUGUUAAUUCCCCUCGCUCCAUUGAUAAUGUGUGUGUGAUUAAUUUUCAACUAAUGAUUUUCAUGAGAUUUUUGAUGAUGUGCUUGUGA